GUUGAGGUGAGAAUAAGUGAUGUGUAUUGACGAUAGUCGCGGGCGGAAAGAAAAUACCUUAAUGGCGGAAAGUGUUAAAUUUAAUUCAUUCCUGUUUAACUCUAGCUAGUUUUUUCUGGAUAAAAGUUGUUAAAUAAAGCUCUUUUAUUGUUAACAUUUUUGUUAUUAUUACCCUUUAUGGAUUAUGAUCAAAUAUCAUCCCUCGGACGUCUGAUUUACGUCCCCAGGACGUCCCGCAAAGGUCCCUAUGACAUCCUUUUGGAAUGUCCCAGAGACGUCCUCAAGGGACGUCCCAAAGAUGGACGGAAACGUGACAUUAGGACGUCCAUUGGACGUCCGAUUGACGUCCCGAUACCAAAAAAGGACGUCCCUCGGACGUCCUUUAUGUCCCUGAAGGACGUCUUUUAGACGACCAUAAGACGUCCGUGUGCUAUGUGGGAUUAUACUCUUCAUAGUUCAACAGACUCCCACUUAAACCCACCAUUUAAAUUCAGAUUGUUUUUCAAAAUCAUUAUAAUAGGCCCCAUCCGCUUAGCAAGCUUGAUUUUUACUAAACAUUUUCAUGUUGAUAUAGUUUUUCUUUUUUGAUUUUUUUUUUAAUUUCAUCCUCCCUUAUCCCCUAAUUUUAAUUCAAAAUCAAUAGACUUCGUCCGCUUAUAGAGCUUCAUUUUUGAGUUAGUUGGUACAGGCUGCACAUAAAACUGAAGAGGCCCUGUUGUAGUCCUAAAGUACACCACUUAUCAAAAAUUAGAAAUAUGCUUAAUAUUAGACUGAAAAAUUUCUGCUGCAUCUUAUUUUUUAAUAUAGUUCAUUCGUUUAAAAUUAGCUGUCCAUUGACCUGAUAAAGCGUUAAAACGUUCGCUUAUACUUAUAAAAAGUUUUUAAUUAAAAUUAUGAUCCCUCUUUGUAUCUGCCUAAUGUACAAAUUUGUAUCUGAAGCCGGUACUGGCUUGCUACUAGUGUAGUUACAGGGGUGUAUAGUCUAUUGCCUAACAACUAGGGGCUUUUGAUGCUCCUCUUGUGUACGUUAUUUCACUAGUUGUUUAAUGGAAUAAUGUUGAUUUUAUUGAAACGUCAAAUUUCUGCAUAAUAUUUUUGAUAAGCUGAUAUUUAUGAAAUAUAUGAUAGUUGAUGAAAGAUGAUUUUUAAAAAGAACGCGAACUAAUUUAAUGCUGGAAAUUGUGGUUAUGCACAAAUUUUAUAUACUUUAUUUUUAAUUAAUUAUGUAGGUUUAUAUAAUAGCAAAGUAACAAACAAAAAACUUAUAGGUAUUUUAAACUAGUGGAAUUUUAAUUGGUUGUUAAUGGAAUAAUUGAAUACACGAUUACAACUCAACUUGGCAAAAAAAAAUGAUCGAUCAAGCAAUUACAUUACUAAAAAUAAGAACGGACAGCGAAGCAACGUACGAAGAAGCAGCUCGUCUAACCUCCGAAGCCCAAGAAGAUGAAUACGAAGACGAAUUCUGCAUUUACCACGACCUCCCGCCACCUCCAGACGGCGGUUAUGGCUGGGUGGUGGUCUUCGCCUCCUUCAUGUGUAACAUGAUCGUCGAUGGAAUCGCCUACACGUUCGGCAUCUUCCUCUUUCAGAUCGUCGACUACUACGACGAAACCAAAGGCAAGACUGCGUGGGUGGGAUCUCUGUUAUCGGGGAUGUACUUAAGCGCCGGGCCCCUAGUGAGCGCACUGACAAACAAAUUCGGUUGCCGCGCGGUAUGCAUAAGCGGCAGCAUCAUUUCAACAAUAGCUUUCGUGCUAUCGAUAUUCAGUCCGACCGUUAAUUGGUUGAUGUUGACUUACGGGUUCAUCGGGGGAUUGGGAUUCGGGUUGAUUUAUCUACCGGCUGUGGUUUGCGUGGGAUAUUACUUCGAGACCAAAAGAUCUUUAGCGACUGGUAUAGCAGUUUGCGGUUCAGGUGUUGGUACUUUUGCUUUCGCUCCUCUAGCAACGAUACUCUUGGAAAAUUACGGUUGGCGAGGAGCUAAUUUAAUACUAGCGGGGUUGAUACUUAAUUGCGUUAUAUUUGGAGCCUUAAUGCGACCUCUGGAAUACCCGAAAGACAACGGAGAGACGCCGUUAUUGCAAAGAAUGGCCGAGGAAAGAAAAUUAGCGAUGGAGCGCGGCAGUAUAGGCGGUUCUUACUUCAUGGUGCAGCUACCGGAUGGGACGAUGGAGAAGAGGCAGAAGCAACCGCUGAAUAGAGACCCGGGAGUGCAUUCCAGCUUAGCUUUAGAUCAACUGGCGGCUGGUAGUAAUAUAGCUGGUAUCCCAACAGUGCCUACUCUUCCGACCAUCACCGAAGCUAGGGCUAUCGAGCAUAGCGGUAGUUCCGGUUCGCCCAGUCCUAGAGAAAGUAUUACGGAAAUCAAGAACGAGGGAAACGUGCGCAAAGAUUCCGAUGUUGGUAUUAUGAUACCGGUUCGAAACACCAAUACCACCAAGAUCAUAAGGAACGCUAGUCAGCCAGCGUUCACCACGCACGUGCAAGGAUUGCCGAAGAACGGAUCGGUCCCUACGUUCGACAGGAUGAGGAAAACUUCGUUCGGGGAACGAUUCAAGCCGACCUUGGUUCCUAUUAAGUCGUCUUCGCGCAAUACGGUCAACAGUUCCAAUGGUGAUAUGAGAAGGAGGAGGAACGAUUCGACAGGGUCGUUCAUCAGUAGAAAUAAUGCUAGUGAGGUCGAUGUGGAAAGCUUAGGCUUUACGUCCAAAUUGUCAAUAAGUAGUAGAAAAGAAAAGCCUCAAAUGGUACGACCGAUGUCCAGGAAGGACAUCUUCUAUUCCGGUUCCGUUUUGAACUUGCCCGAAUACAAGUCACAAAAAUCUUUGUCCAACUACAGGCAGAGCAUACUCAGUCUGCCUCAAUUGAAAGUCGAAGAUGAAGGCUCACCCGGUGACAUCUGCCCGUGCUUGGUCUUGCCAGACAGUUUCAAAUCUGCGCUAGCUCAAAUGUUGGAUGUCAGUCUACUGGAGAACCCCGUAUUUGUACUUAUAGGAAUUUCGAAUUUGUUCGGAAUGGCCGGACUAUAUAUACCGUUUGUGUACUUAGUUGAAUGUGCAAAAAAGGAUGGAAUUGAAGCAUCCAAAGCAUCAUUCUUGCUGUCAAUAAUAGGAAUAACGAAUACGAUUGGUCGAUUGGUGUGCGGAUACAUCGCCGAUUUUCCUCAAGUGAAUGCUCUUUUCGUGAAUAACUGUUGUUUAAUCGUAUCUACGAUAGCUGUAGCUUUGGUUCCAUUUUGUCAUACGUACGGUCUGUACGUCACCGUUGCCAUUUUUUUCGGAAUUGCCGUUUCCGGUUACAUCUCCCUAACCUCAAUUAUCUUAGUGGAUCUACUCGGUUUGGAACGACUGACGAACGCUUUCGGUCUGCUAAUUCUAUUUCGCGGCGCCGCCGCUAUAGUCGGCUCACCGCUAGCGGGUGCUCUAUACGACGCCACCGGCUCCUACGACGUCCCGUUCUACGUAGGGGGCGGGCUGUUCGCUAUUUCAGCCGUUACGAGCUUUUUAGCGCCGUGCUUGAAGGGAUUCGUCAAGUCCAAAGAACCGUCUCCGGGCGAAGGGCCGUUGGCGCCCAUCGACGAGGACGAAGAAGAGGAGGAUGAAGACGAGCCGAUCACGAUGGGGGGUAAUAAGCCGAUACCCACCAUCAUCGAGACGGCGGCCACGUCCAGUCCGGAGGAGAAGGAGGAGAUUCAACUCAAGGAGUCUGUGUUAUAAGUACAAAUUGAAAUUAAUUUUAAGUGUUGAUCAAAGUUUUGAAAUCGCCUAGAAAGAUAUUUACGAUUGGUUUCUAUUACUGCGUACUAGUAUUAUUAUGAGAGCGUAAAUGUUAAUUUAUUCAGGAGAGGAAAAAUAAUAAACUGUGAAUGUAAUAUGA